ACUGAUUCCUUCUUUCACUUUGACUAUCAGCUAUGGGUAUUGAUAUCAAGAGACACCACGUCAAGUCUGGACACAGAGAGGCUCCCAAGUCUCAGGAUGUGUACUUGAGACUUUUGGUCAAGCUUUACCGCUUCUUGGCUCGUCGUACUGAUUCCAACUUCAACAAGGUCGUUCUCAAGCGUCUUUUUAUGUCCCGCAUCAACCGUCCCCCUGUCUCUAUCUCCCGCAUCGUUCGCCACACCCAGAAGCAGGAGGGUAAGACCGUUGUUGUUGUCGGUACCGUCACUGACGACUCUCGUCUUUUGGAAGUCCCCAAGCUCUCUGUUGCUGCUCUUCGCUUCACCCAGACUGCUAAGGCUCGCAUCUUGAAGGCUGGUGGUGAGGUCCUCACCCUCGAUCAGCUCGCUCUCCGUGCUCCCACUGGUGCUAACACUGUCAUCCUCCGUGGUGCCAAGAACGCCCGUGAGGCCGUCAAGCACUUCGGUAUGGGUCCCCACAAGAACAAGAAGCCCUAUGUCCGCAGCAAGGGUCGCAAGUUCGAAAAGGCCCGUGGCAAGCGUUCUUCCCGUGGUUUCAAAGUCUAAACAAAGGCCUGUUUGCUCUUCUUACAUGUCUAAUCUCAUAGUAGAAGCGUACUUGCAAUCAAUGAAUAAAUUUGUUGCUUUACCCAUCGAAAAGCAUUUAAUUAUUAAGUUUAGGAAUGUG